UUCCUUCUAUGCCAUCAACGGCCGCCGGGGCGCCGCUGGUUUUCUUUCUUCUCGCCCAAGCCGCCGCCGCCGACACACCAAACCGGCAGCUGCCUGGUCGCCGGGGCCGACCCUAGAAUAAAUUACGAAGCAGCGCCGCGGUCUCCAGGUAGUAGCAGCUCCCCCCAGAGCCACACAUCUCUCCUACGUGCUGUUGGUUGGUUGGAUUGGAUCGGCAUGGAGAAGGAAGCGACGACGCCGCGGCCGGUGUGCGCGCAGGAGGCGCUGGCGCUGCUCAACUGCGCCGCCGAGAACCCCUACGACCGCGACAAGUGCCUCUCCCUCCUCGACGCGCUCCGGGAGUGCAUCGCCCAAAAGAAAGUGAAGAAAUUUUCGUUGGCUGAAGCAGGCUCCACCAGCACCACGGAAGCUCCAAAAAGCAAAUAGAAGCCCGCAAUAUUUCAGUGCCACUUACAUAACAUGUUCUAGGCCGGCCAUACUGGUUUAGUGUUGGAUCUGUCCUUUGUAGUUCAUUUCAG